AUGGACUACGAUAGAUAUAAAGAUAUUAAAUUGAGAUCUAUUGCUAUCUUAAUAUCUAAAAAUCAUCUGUUGGCUUCGUCUCAUUUACUUUUGACAGAUGAUUUUAAAUGGAGACAUAAUGGAAAAGAGUUCGAAAAGAAGUGUACGGAUGGAUCAGAAAACUUCGUCUUGUCAGAUUUCGAUUCGUUGGAAGUGUUCAGUCCAGCUACUCCGAAAGAUACUUCUGAAUAUCCACUCAGGCUGAACCCUACAAAACUUAUUUUCCUGAAAAUAUGCUAUAAGGGUGCUGGAGGAGCAUUUCAACUCAUUAUGUCGCCGUUAAUUAUUGAGUUUAAAACUACUUUGCCUGGCUCAACACCUUGUUUGAUUGAUGAUUCAAAAGUUAUCGAAAGCCAAGACCCAGUUGAUUUUUAUGGACUCCAUUCCGGAAAAUUACUCGUGUCGCCUGUGGGUUCUCAAUCUUUUACAGUCUCCGGAAUCCCAGGAAUGAGAUUUGGUCAAAGUUUUUUAAUCAAAGAUAUUGAUGGGAAAUCGACAUUGCUUUCAGUUAAUACAUAUGGCGAAAACGAAUCUGUAUUUGCGCGGGUUCCCGAAGUAUCUUUUUUCUAUAAUAUGAACUGGUUGCGAGACGAUAUUUGCGAAUUAACUGGAAUUUGUCCAAAAGGAAUGUACAAAGAAAUAACGAAACCUUCUACGUCGAUCCCUUCAACUUCAACUCCAAGAACGUCGGAUUCUCUGCCAACGACUACAGAGAUUAUUCAGAAGAGGACAUCAGCAACUGAACAAGGAACUGAUUAUGAUUAUAAUGAAUAUGAGGAUGAAAAAGAAGAGAAUAAUUGGGAAGAAGGCGAUGAGAAUGGAUUUGAUUCGGAUGGGGUAAUAAAUGGAAAUCGUCGGAGGAGCCAAAUCAAUAAAGGUCUCACUUUGAUCGUAUUGUUCUGUCUUCGUUUUUGA